AUGGAUGCACUUCUUAAUCGAUUAAAACAACAGGAAGAUGUAGUCAAAGAACUUGAAGCACAACUAUUUGAUCGACCGGAAUUUAAAGAUAAUCGUAAACUUGAAGAAUUACGAGUCGAAAAUGAAAAAUUAAACUAUCGAGCAAAUAUACUUGUUCGAAAUAUUGAAGAUUUGAAAAAACAGAAACCACAAGAGAAUGUAGCAGGAACUAAACAAGAUGAUAAUAAGGAUAAAAAAGAGGCAACAAAAAAAAAGCAAACAGAAACUAAACAAGGUGAUUCUAAGAAUAACAAACAUCAAUCCCAUGCAAAACCAACUGAACCAAAUCAAAAUGAUAAUAAAAACAAAAAAACAGCUACAGCAACAACAGUGGCACCAAUUAAAACUUAUUUUACCGCUGGUGCACAAGGCGAUAGCGAACAUUCGUAUCGAAUAUUAGAUACAUUGGUUGGUCUUUUUGAACAAGCUAUUCGAAAGGCUUUUCCUGAGGAUCCAACUUUACCGGUGCUUGUCGUACCUGGAAAACAAACUGAUUAUCAAUGCAACUCAGCUAUGUCUAUUGCUCAGAAAUUAACUGCUGCUGGUAAAAAAAUAAUACCAACUGAUGUUGCUAAAAUAAUUACUGAACAUCUUCCUGCCCAUGAAAUCAUUGGAAAAAUUGAAUAUUCCGGACCAGGAUUUAUUAAUAUUACUAUUGCAGCAGCAUUCGUUUGCGAACAAGUUCGAAAAAUUCUAUUGAAAGGUGUUUUACCACCCGAUGUGUUGGAACUGGUUGGUAAUCAUGAAACUCAGACUAAAAAGAAGAACGCAAGAGUUGUUAUUGACUUUUCAUCGCCGAAUAUUGCUAAAGAAAUGCAUGUUGGACAUUUACGAUCAACUAUAAUUGGUGAUAGUCUUGCUCGUCUUCUUGAAUAUGUUGGCUUUGAUGUACUUCGAUUAAAUCAUCUCGGUGAUUGGGGUACUCAAUUCGGUAUGUUGAUUGCUCACAUGCAAGAUAUUUAUCCUGAAUAUAAAACAAAAUCACCACCAAUAAGUGAUCUCCUAUCCUUCUACAAAGCAUCGAAACAAAGAUUCGAUUCAGAGCCUGAAUUUAAACAACGAGCCUACGAAUGUGUUGUUAAACUUCAAGCAUUCGAUCCAGAUAUAAUUCAUGCAUGGAAACUUAUUUGUGAUGUAUCUCGACAAGAUUUUGAAUAUAUUUAUAAAGAACUCGAUGUCAAAAUAAUUGAUCGAGGUGAAUCUUUUUAUCAAAACCGAAUGCUUGAUGUGGUUAAACAACUUGAUUCAAAAAAUUUAUUGAAAUUAGAAGAUGGUCGUAAAGUUAUGUUUCUACCGGAUAUAGACGUUCCCAUGACUAUUGUUAAAACUGAUGGAAGUUUUACAUAUGAUACAAGUGACAUGGCCACAAUACAGCAACGUCUAAUGGAAGAAAAUGCUGAUUGGAUAAUAUAUGUUAUUGAUUCGGGUCAAGCCCUUCAUAUGCAAUCAGUGUUUGCUGGAGCAAAAUUAGCUGGAUGGACUGAAGGAAAGAAUGUUCGAAUAGAUCAUGUUGGUUUUGGUGUUGUACUCGGUGACGAUAGCAAAAAACUAAAGACUCGAGCCGGUGAAGCAAUUCGUUUACGAGAUCUACUUCACGAAGGCAUUGAACGAUCAAUGGCUAAAUUAAAAGAAAAAGAUCGUCAUAAUGUUUUAACACCUGAAGAACUUGUAAAAGCUCAAAAAUCAGUUGCUUACGGAUGUAUUAAAUACGCUGAUUUAUCUCAUAAUAGAAAUUCUGAUUAUAUAUUUUCAUUCGAUCGAAUGCUUGAUGACCGAGGCAAUACGGCUGCUUAUCUACUUUAUGCCUAUACUCGAAUUCGAUCAAUUGCUCGAACUGCUGGUGUUGAUCAUGCCGUGCUCAAAUCAAUGGCACAAGACAUCGAACUUAAUUUUGAUAGUGAAGAACGAGAAUUAAAAUUAGCUAAAUGUAUAGUUAAAUAUCCUGAUGUUCUUACACGAGUACUCGACGAAUUAUUGAUGCAUGGUCUAUGUGAAUAUAUGUAUCAAUUAGCAACAUCAUUUACUGAAUUUUAUGAUCGACACUAUUGCGUUGAAAAAGAUAAAACGACUGGCGAAGUUCGACUUAAUUAUCGACGAAUACUAUUAUGCGAAGCAACAGCAAAUGUAUUGAAACAGUGUUUUGAAAUUUUAGGUAUUCAAGCAUUAGAACGAAUGUAA